AAGGUGCGUAGCGCAGAGGGUGCCAGUCUCACAUGUGAUCUGUAACUGGAAACGCAGAAAGCUCUCGCCUGGAUCCAUGAAAUAUCUCUCAUAAUCAAAUAGUAAUACAGAAGGGCUGGGUCGCCGGCGCGCAGCUUCAGGACACCCUCGUGGAAUGGAGAGGAACACGGAGCCUCACGCCGUGGCCGCCGGUGAUCAUUAAGCCGAGUCGUGGACUGCAAAGAUUACCUGCUGGCCUUCUGGAACCCUCUAAGAAUCAAGCGCACCUCCAGCAGAAGCGACUCACCUGCGACGAAGCGUAUUAUCAACGACGGAUCCACACGAACACCAGGUGUUGCUGAGUGAAGUUACUGCCAUUACCUCACACGAUUCUUGUUCGCAUCGCUGAACUCACCAGCUGCCAAAGACCUGUUCGAUAGAGUCGAAGCUGUAAUUCACCCAGGAGUUGGUUCGUUGUUCUCAAAGGAAGUCUUUGUAGCGAAUAAUAAUUAGGAUACGCCGAGAUGUUUCCUGGCGCUGGGUACGUGACGGGUCGGCUCCGCGAAGCUGGGAAUGUGACGUACCGCUUGCGGGAGGCUUCGCGGCUCCCGAAGGUGCGGGUCCGGCGGGUAGAUGAAGUCUCGGAGCCCUUGCGGGAACCCGGCAUCAUAACCGGCUACAGAAAUGAGAACUGCACUGUCCUCCAGGCCGUUGUUUCGCUCUUCAAUGCCACCAAUGAAACGGUCAACUUCUGGACACAUUUCCUGGCGUCUGUCUACUUCAUCUGGCUCCUCGCGUCUCUCUCCUCCGCAAUGCCACUCUUUGAUGAUCCGUAUUUAUACCCGCUUACCUGCUACUUGUUUACCUCGUGUGGGUAUCCACUCAUGAGCUGCAUAGCGCAUGCCUUCUCCUGUCUUUCCAUAACGGCCACACACGUGUGUUAUUUUCUGGACUAUGCUGCCCUCUCCGUGUACACUUGGGGCGUCGCAUAUGCCUACUACAGCUACUGCUUAGCGCCACAACUCAUGGACUCGUGGUUCGCUCAGAUCUUCCUUCCUGUGGCGCUGAUGAACGCAGUGUCUGCCACAUUCUGCGCCUGUCUGUCGCGCUUUAUUGUCAACCCAAUCAUCCAGAAGUCGUUGCGGGUGUCAGCCUUCGUGGUGCCGGCAGUGUGGGACCUGACGCCUCUUGCCCUUUGGCUGUACACCUGCGACGCCAGCGCGGAGUCCUGCGGAGAGUCCCGCAUCCACCACAUCAACCAGUACGUGUGCGUCAUCGUUGCCUCCUUCUUCUACGGCUCGCACUUUCCCGAGCGCCUUGCACCGGGUCGCUUCGACAUUGUCGGUCACUCGCAUAACCUGCUUCACGUGUUCAGCUUCCUGGCGACCAACGAACAAAUGCGCGCCGUGCUCAUUGACCUGAAGUUGCGGCGUGGCGUCCUUGAGAGCGUAGGCUGGAUUCCCAACCUGAAGCUGCUGACACUUGUCACGCCCUGUUUAAUAAUAACCAUUAUUAUCCUCGUACUGGUCAUGACACGACUCCUGUCUCACAAAACCGCCACCGACACAGCUGCGAAUCCGAACAAAGCUUGCUCCUCCGCGGCUGCAGAGACGUCUUCCCCGCCGCCUUGCCCCACCAACGGGCACCUUGACAAUAAAGUGAAGGAAGAGUGACCAAAAGUGGUUCGUAGUCGCCUUACCUUCGUGGCUGAUCCUCGUAUCUCCUGCUGAGUGCAGAGUGUAUGUAUCGAAUUAUCUGGGAAUCACAAUCGCUAUCGCAACGGGGAGAAGACAUUUACUUUGAAAUCUACGAAGUUGCAGAGGUGUAGCUAAGGUGCGCCGGUCAAGUGAUAGGUGUAACUCAAUAUUAAUCUGUGAAUAGUGGGCGUACUCCUUAAUGUUUGGUCUAAAGUGCCUUACAGUGGAUGUAUGAAAAAGAAACGUGAAAUGCAAGUGACGAAAAAAUGUAAAUGUAAAUUUUAUCUAUGCACAGCUUUCAUAGUCGCUAAGUGUGAUGUUUUGAAGACCAAACCGAAAUACAAAGGGUAAAAAAAAAAUCAGCCGAUUACAUCAUAUUUUAUAGCUACGAAUACCCAUUUAAGAUAACAAAGUCUUUCUUUGAACUUGGUAAUGAUUGAGAGUUAUUGUUAUUUACAUUGCUACUGCCAGGGUCCACCUGUCGGUGUCUUAAAUGCAAACCAUCUCACUGAUGAAAAAUAUCUGGUAGAGCACAAAAAGUUUGGGUGCCUUCAUAUCAUUAUUGAUAAUUAAUCUUUUUCAGCACGAUUCACACUCAUGUCAUCAUAAAUUGCAGCAGUUGAAUAACAUUCCAGACUGCUCACCACAUUCCACAUAGUAUACAUUACGUAUUAUUUAUGAAAAAAAUAUACAC